AUGAAGUGCAAGCCCAAGCUAGGUCUCUCCGUCUUCAUCUUCUUCUUCUACCUCGCGGCGGUGACUUCAGAUCUAGAUUCUGACCGGCGAGCGUUAGUCGCCAUCCGUAAAAGUGUUCGUGGCCGUCCGUUGUUGCUAUGGAACAUGAGUGCGUCUUCUCCGUGUUCCUGGCACGGGGUCUACUGCGCUGCGGGUCGGGUCACGGAGCUCCGAUUACCCGGAAAUGGUUUAUUCGGCUCUUUACCAAUCGGCGGGAUUGGUAACCUAACCCAGCUACAAACCCUGUCUCUCCGUUUCAAUUCGCUCUCUGGUCCAAUCCCAUCGGAUUUCUCAAACCUAGUUCUCCUCCGUUACUUGUAUCUCCAAGGUAACGCCUUUUCCGGCGAGAUUCCGUCGUUUCUCUUCACGCUCCCCAACAUAAUCCGAAUCAAUCUAGGGGAGAACAGAUUCUCGGGUCGGAUCCCGGAUAACGUCAAUUCCGCGACCCGGUUGGCUACACUCUACUUACAGAGGAAUCAGCUCACCGGUCCGAUCCCUGAGAUCACUAUCACGCUCCAGCAAUUCAACGUCUCUUCGAAUCAGUUAAACGGGUCGAUUCCGAAUUCGCUAUCGGGUUUUCCCGCAGCCGUUUUCGAAGGGAACACUCUGUGUGGGAAACCCUUAAACCCUUGUGAAGGCAUUGCCCCUUCCGAAAGCCCUAAUUCACCGCCGCCGCCGGGAAAGAAAGAUAGCGACAAGUUAUCCGCCGGAGCUAUCGCCGGAAUUGUGAUCGGAUGCGUUGUUGGUCUAUUGCUGCUUCUCUUGCUUCUGUUCUGCCUCUGCUGCAGAAAGAAAAAGAAGGAGGAGACCGUUCCAUCGACCAACGCCCAACGUACUGUCGCUGCUCCGACCACCUCCACCGCUGCUAUACCCAAGGAAACGGUGGUUGACGUGCCUCCGGCGAGCGGUGCGGUGAGUAAAGACUUGAUCUUUUUCGUGAAGUCUUUCGGGACAUUCGAUUUAGAUGGAUUGUUGAAGGCUUCAGCUGAGGUUCUUGGGAAAGGAACAGUUGGUUCUUCGUACAAGGCGAGCUUUGAUCAUGGACUAGUGGUGGCUGUGAAACGAUUAAGAGACGUUGUGGUGCCUGAGAAAGAUUUCAGAGAGAGACUUCAGGUUUUGGGAUCAAUGAGUCACGCCAAUCUCGUCACUCUCAUCGCUUACUACUUCAGCCGCGACGAGAAGCUUCUUGUCUUUGAGUACAUGUCUCGAGGAAGCUUGUCUGCCUUAUUGCACGGUAACAAAGGAAAUGGGAGGACACCGUUGAACUGGGAGACAAGAGCCGGUAUAGCCUUAGGAGCUGCAAGAGCGAUUAGUUACCUACAUUCGCGUGAUUCGACAACAUCUCAUGGAAACAUCAAGUCCUCAAACAUACUCCUGUCUAAUUCCUAUGAAGCUAAGGUCUCUGAUUACGGUCUAGCGCCUAUCAUUAGCUCCACAUCUGCGCCUAACCGUAUCGACGGGUACCGUGCCCCUGAAGUCACCGAUGCUCGCAAAAUCUCCCAAAAGGCUGAUGUUUACAGCUUUGGUGUCCUAAUUCUUGAACUACUCACAGGGAAGUCUCCAACACAUCAGCAACUGAACGAAGAAGGUGUUGAUUUGCCAAGAUGGGUCCAAUCGGUUACCGAGCAACAAUCGCCUUCUGAUGUGUUUGAUCCUGAGCUCACUAGGUACGAAACCGAGGGCAAUGAGAACUUGACCAGGCUGUUGAAGAUCGGUAUGAGCUGUACGGCUCAGUACCCCGAUAGUCGUCCUUCGAUGGCCGAAGUCACCAGGCUCAUCGAGGAGGUUUCGCGUUCGUCGGGAUCUCCAAAUCCGGUGUCCGACUGA